AUGUCGCUGCUGAAGAUACUGAACGACGACCCUGUGCCUCCUCUGAGCCACAACUCGAUUCCCGCGCCUGCGCUCGCACCUCCACCUGCCCCGCACCACUUGCCUCAUGGCGGACCCAGUACCGCGAACGACACUCUCAGGCCGCCUCUGUCGCCUUCGCCGUUUCCCGUGACAUCGCUCAGGCAAGGCGGCGUUCACGGCGUCGAGAGCGGCGGACCAAUGCACCCCGAUGUUGAGGUACACGCGCACAGACAAGGACCAGAAAUAAUGCACCCCAAUCAUGAACCUGUGGACGAAGAGGGCAGUCGGUCCGCUGCGCCGCCGGAGCAGGCCCAGACGCCCUCGAAGAGACGGAAGAAGCAGGCCGUGGACAACGACUAUCAGCCGGGAACGCGUCGGUCUACACGACGCACAUCCGCUCGCCACAAACGCCCUCGCACAGAUUCUCCUGCAGUUCACGACGAAGCUGGUGAACAGGAUAAUGGACACCAAAAUGAGCACGCAGAAGAUGAUCGCCGCCUGGUAUCUUCAGAUCUGGAUGACUGUCCAGAGAUCACACAAGUUGUAGAGACUUUGUAUGCGAAAGAGGCGCAGAAGCGCCGCAAGAUCAACGAACAACUGGUUGAGCGCUCGAAUACAGAUAAGAACAUGGGGCGAAUGUACCGCUACACGACAUUGUACGCCGAUGUGGCUGACCGCAUCCCGCUGCCUCCCCGACCAAGCCGGGAACGCCGUCCACUGGAACAUAACAUUCACGUCCCUGCGCCCCCACCACCUCCAGGCCCUGACUACGAUGACUAUGACGAACCGCUUAUGCCUCACGACUAUCAACAACAUCCCAUGGGCAACGGCUCAGCUCUCCCUAAGCGCCCCGCGUCCCGGCCAGCGUCGGCAGGAGAUAUGAGUGACGAUAACGUGUCCAUGGCGUCCGUUUCGCGUCCACAUAAGAAGCGCAGGGUUGAUGACUUUGACGACGGACAGUCCGUUGCAUCUGCAGCUAUGACGCCGACACGAAAGGGCAAGCAUAUUGACCAGGGCGAGGGUGUCGGAAGCCCUAAUGGAACGCCUCGCGGGCCGAAGAAAGCUGCUGGGAAGCGCAAGUUCAUUGAGACGUUGGGGCCAGGAGCCGCAGAGCACCUCGGCGUGGAGUCAGCGGCUCCCUCAGUCGCCGGCGACGUCUCUCCGUCGGGCUCGCGGGCAGAGUCGCCAGUACCUCAGGUCGGACCCGGUAUCAUUUUUGAGAUCGGAGAGGUUCCACCAGAAUUGAAGAAGGCGAAGAAGAUGGACGAUCAGGCAAUGCUCAAGCGUGUUCGUCAAUUAGAGGAUGCGCAGGCUAAAGUUUGGAAGAACAUCGUUCGCAAGGAGAUCCCAAAGGCAUAUCGACAUUACAACAUCGGCUCCGCCAUUCGUACUCAGUCGCAGAAACGCAUCGCAACUCUAGCGUCAACGCAAGCCCGCAAACCAUAUCAGCGCACGCCUAAGAUCAUCAAGGAGGCGCAGGCAAAGGGGAAGAAGCUCGCUCGAGACAUGUCCGCCUUCUGGAAGAAGAAUGACAAGGAGGAACGCGAAUUGCGGCGGAAGGAGCAGAAGGAGGCACUUGAGCGCUUACGGAUCGAGGAAGAGAAGCGCGAGGCGUCAAGACAAGCGAGGAAGCUCGAGUUCCUUAUCAGCCAAACGGAGUUGUACAGUCAUUUCGUAGGCAAUAAGCUCAAGACUGCCGAGAUCGAGGGAGAAGCGGCACCUACUGAACUUCCCAAAGGCGCUGAGCUCGAGGAUGAUCCCGACGCUCCUUUAGCAGAUAUCGACUUUAAUGAUGAGGACCACACGAAUCUGCAUAGGCAUGCUCGGCGCAUCGCACAGGAGAACGUCGCUCAGGCUCGCGCAAGGGCGCAACAGUUCGACCAGGAGUCAGCUCUCGAACGCAAGACGAAGGACGCCAUGCGGUUCGCGAAGGCUCAGUCUCAUCUGCACGACGAACCGGAGACUCAGGAGGGCGAUGGCUCAAGCACCGGGAAGCCUAUAGUAGAUCUGGACUCGGACGAGCUCAACUUCCAAAAUCCUGACGCACUCAAGGGUCCUCUGAAGAUAGGGCAGCCACGCAUGCUUAUGGCGACGUUGAAGGAAUACCAACUGAAGGGUUUGAACUGGUUGGGCACGUUGUACGACCAGGGCAUCAAUGGUAUUCUGGCCGACGAGAUGGGUCUAGGCAAGACUAUUCAGUCUAUAUCGCUCAUGGCAUACCUUGCCGAGGUGCACAAUAUCUGGGGUCCGUUUCUCGUGGUUGCACCCGCUUCUACGCUACACAACUGGCAGCAGGAGAUAUCGCGCUUCGUACCUAAUUUGAAGGUUCUUCCUUAUUGGGGUAGCGUCAAGGACCGCACGACGCUGCGCAAGUUCUGGGCAAAGAAGGAUAUCACGUACACCAAGGAGUCGGACUUCCAUGUCAUCGUCACCUCCUAUCAGCUCGUCACGCAGGAUCAACAGUACUUCCAGAAAGUCACUUGGCAGUAUAUGAUCCUCGACGAGGCGCAGAACAUCAAGAACUCGGCAAGUGCGCGAUGGAAAACGUUGUUAGAGUUCAAGUGCCGCAAUCGCCUUCUGCUCACCGGUACACCCAUUCAGAACUCCAUGCAAGAACUCUGGUCGUUAUUGCACUUCAUCAUGCCCACCCUAUUCGACUCCCAUGACGAGUUCAACGAGUGGUUCUCGAAGGAUAUUGAGAAUGCGGCAGAUAGCAAGGGACGGGGGCUCAGCGAACACCAGCUCCGCCGGCUACAUAUGAUUUUGAAGCCGUUCAUGCUGCGUCGUGUGAAGAAGCACGUUCAGAAUGAGCUCAGCGACAAGAUCGAGAUCGACGUUCUGGUCGAGCUGAGCGCUCGUCAACGACAGAUGUACCGAACGCUGCUCCAGAAUAUUUCCAUCGCAGAUCUCGUUGCACAAGGCCCGACGAUCAACGAAGCCGAGUACAAGCGCACGCUCACGAACCUCAUUAUGCAGUUCCGCAAGGUCUGCAAUCAUCCUGAGCUCUUCGAUCGUGCCGAUGUGGUCGCGCCGUUCUCAUUCGCCAAGUUCGGGCGGUCCGGUCCGUUAAACCGUGAAGGAGACUUCGUGGUGCAAGCCUACUCGACCCAUAACCCCAUUGAGUACAACAUCCCCCGCGCCUUCUACCUCGACGGUGGUCUGCUCGACGUACCGCGUGAGGAUAACGUCUCGCCCUUCCAGCCCGAGAAUAGUGUCUUGCACAAGCUCAUGAACAUAUGGACGCCCGAACACAUCCUAAAGUCCUUCCAAGACGCAUCGUCGUCGUCGUACUCAUUCCUUCGCUUUGCGAACUCUUCGCCUCAAGACGCGCAUAAUAUCUUCCUUGCCCCACCUUUCCGACGGCGACUUCUUGCCCUGAAAACAGAAGGUACCCAGCGAGAACAGGAUGCUUACCAUGGAUGCGGAUUCGGCCCCAUACGCGACUAUUAUCGGAUACCAGACGUUCACAUUCCGCUCGACUCCCUUGUAGACGGUUUGCCUGGUCUCAACACCAUUACCCAGUCGGCGUGGACCGACUCAUGUCUCUCAAGACCCAUUGUGCAAUGUCGCAUCCCGAGCGCACUCGCACCGCCUAUCGCUCUCUACGCCCCUGACCGCAAUUUCGUCGAGAAGCAGGAGCGCUUACUUCAGGCGCCUAUUGAAUCGCUCGCACUGUAUGGCGCUCCUCUAUCUGUACGCGACGCGCCCUUGGCCGAAGCUCGCUUCGACGCCCUCGCCCCUGGUGUUCCGCUGGACGGAAUCUUCGCGCAUUCCACGCGUGAUCAACUUCCGAUAUCGACUAUGCAUAUGCCAGAGGCUAAGAGCCUCAUUCUUGACUCCGGCAAGCUCGCGCGGAUGGACGCUUUGCUGCAAGAUCUCAAGUCUCAGGACCAUCGCGUUCUUAUCUACUUCCAGAUGACGCGUAUGAUGGAUCUCAUGGAGGAGUACCUCAUUCACCGACAGUACAAGUACUUACGCCUCGACGGUUCGACAAAGAUCGAGGAUCGUAGGGACAUGGUUACUGAUUGGCAAACUCGUGAGGAUAUCUUCAUCUUCAUCUUGAGCACGAAGGCCGGCGGUCUUGGUAUCAACUUGACAGCCGCGGACACCGUAAUCUUCUAUGAUCAUGAUUGGAAUCCGUCGAAUGACGCUCAGGCCAUGGAUCGUGCUCAUCGUCUUGGUCAAACGCGUCAAGUCACCGUUUACCGUUUGAUCUGCAGAGGCUCCAUCGACGAGCGAAUCGUUCAACUCGCCCGCCGGAAGAAGGACGUUCAGGACAUGGUCGUUGGCAACAAGAGUUUCAGCGAGAUGAACCAGACGAACGAGAUGGUGCAGCUACUACUCACAGACGAGCAAAUCGCCGCGGCGGCCAAUGCGCCGGUACCCGAGCGCCCGGUCGGUCAGUUUGGCGGCGCCGGGAUGGCCGGACUCAGAGACUUGUGGGUGGAAGAGGGUGAUGAGUUCUUCGGUGCGAGCAAUAUGCAGCCCAUGGUCGAUGACGAAGGUACGCCGGCACCGACCACGGGUAGAGGGCGGGGCCGCGGCAGGCCACGCGGCUCCGGUGAAGGUCGCGGGCGUGGUCGUGGGCGUGGUCGCGGAAGGGGAAAGAAGGUUGACUGA